AUGGUCGAUCUCUUGAUCUCCCUGCUGGUUCUCAUUUUGCUCGGUCUCGCCCUGGUCGGUGCACUUCUUGUCUUGCGCCGCAAGCGACUGAAUCGCGAACAAUCCGAACUUCCUGUACACAACGGGCAAUGCGUGCCAAACCACCGUCGUUUCACCGUCUCUGCUUCGCCGAACGCCAAGACAGAGUCCGUUCUGGUUUAUGAUGAAAAGCGCAGUCUUAUCGAGAACUCGUCGAGUCCCCCGCCCAGCCCGGUUCCCGAAAUUCGCAUUACGUUUCCAGAGGAGGAGGACGAAUCCGGAAAGCGCAAGUCGGGCCGAGUUGUGGUUGUGAGAAUUACCGACGCAGGUGGAGUGGGCUUGGAGCCUUGCAAUGAGGAACUUCCGCCGUAUCAGUCCAGUGAUGCGGAGCGAUUCCAGUCGUUGGAUAUCGAGCGCAUGGGUGGACUCAAAGAAAAGGAAUCCACCAAUAGAUGGUCUUAG